GAGUCGGCGCGGCGCAAGGCUUGCUGGGAGACACAUAACCUCGAUUUUCUUCCGCCACCCGGCUAAAUAGUUCCAUGUGCACUUUGUUCCAUGGAUAAAUAAACACUAGGAACGCAUUUCCACCCUAGAUUUCAGCAGAAAUGCUGAAUAUAAAGGGAUAUUUGAGUAAAGUGAGUUGCCGUUCUUGAAGCCCGUCUCCUAAGGAUUCUCCCGGUGUGCGCGUAGGGAUCUCAUGCUAUAUAAGAGGGCCCUGCCAGGCACCGCCUCCUCUCUCCGGUCCGUGUCUCCGAGAUGACAAAGAAAAGAAGGAACAAUGGUCGUGCCAAAAAAGGCCGCGGCCACGUGCAGCCUAUUCGCUGCACUAACUGUGCCCGAUGCGUGCCCAAGGACAAGGCCAUUAAGAAAUUCGUCAUUCGAAACAUAGUGGAGGCCGCAGCAGUCAGGGACAUUUCUGAAGCGAGCGUCUUCGAUGCCUAUGUGCUUCCCAAGCUGUAUGUGAAGCUACAUUACUGUGUGAGUUGUGCAAUUCACAGCAAAGUAGUCAGGAAUCGAUCUCGUGAAGCCCGCAAGGACCGAACACCCCCACCCCGAUUUAGACCUGCGGGUGCUGCCCCACGUCCCCCACCAAAGCCCAUGUAAGGAGCUGAGUUUUUAAAGACUGAAGACAGGCUAUUCUCUGGAGAAAAAUAAAAUGGAAAUUGUACUUAA